AUGGCUUCAUGUGAGUAUGGGCAGAUUGCAGGAGGAACAUGUGGUUCUAGUGUGGACAAUCCAGAAAAUGUGAAGAGCGUGAUCCUCGCGAAGUGUACAAAAGCCAUACAAGGGCAUCUACGUUCUUGCAACAUUCGAGACGCUAGUUUAGACUCUGAACCAAAGCUGUUGUUGGCACGUGCAGGUACGUAAGGUAGAUGUCUGUAUUAAACAGGCCAUCUUAAAAAAAAAAAAAAAAAAAAACAAGAAAGAAUAGACGCAUAAUUUAAACAAAGGAAAAUAAACGCCUCCCAAUCUUUUUACAUCAAGAAGAAUCGGUGAGAGACUAAAACUAAAUGUAAUUUAGCUGCAUCGUGGUCUGAUUCAGACUGUUUUUAUAUUUUGAAAGGUGUCCGCAAAUUUAUCGAAGCAUCACUAGUUUUCCUACGUCUGCAGCCUUCCAUAAUUUACACACUAAAUAAAACUGGACGAUGUUCAAGGUUUAGUUACAAGGGUAACGCGGAAAAUGACUUGAAAGGAAGGCUUAAUGAAGCGUGACGCUCAGCACCUGCUUUGAUUGUUUAAUGUCGUGUACUUCUCAUUUUACUGCAUUUCAUAUACAAUUUUUUCCCCGUUAAUUAAGGGCCAUGAUUGCAACUUACAACGCUAAAAUAUUUUUAGGCAUAUUCCUAAAACACAUAGCGUAUUAUUCAAGAAUGAAUUUUACUGACAAAGAUAUGAGUGAUAAUUAACCCGUGCAGUAGCCGACUUAAUCAAAUUAAGAUCAAUAUCAGAACAUCUUGAGCUGAGCCAAAACGCAAAAGUAAAAGCCUCCGUGUUUCUCAGUAAACACGCAAAAUGUAAACUUAUUCCUGAUCAUUAAUACUUCAGUGCGUUGAGAAGUUUAUUUUUUAAAAAAAUUAUUAAUAUUGCCUACAUUUAUAAACCAUCUCAGAUUUAUCGCGAGCAUUACAGCCUUGUUUGUUUCACAGGAACUUUACAAAAGUGAGGAACAAAAACUGCUUUUGGGAUGACUGGACGUCCAAAGAAAAAUUAAAAAUAAAGCAUUUGAUUUAUCUUUUGGUGCAUAAAUUAACGAAAGACGUGGAGGAAGCGAAUAAAAUGUGAACGACGCUGUGAUAUAUACGCUAAAAAUUGUUAAGUAAAAGUCACCUUACAACCUUUUUUAUCUUUGAAGGGAUUUUUGAGUUAAACGAAAGUCACCUUGAACUAACAAUAUGCCCAAGACGUCGAGACAAAUUUGGCAUUAGAUGGCGUUCAAAUAAGAGGAUAUGCACUGCUCCCAGUGAAUGGUCAUCGCAUGGAACUUUAGUGUCAGGGAAGAGAGGAAUAUCGUCUCUACAUUCCAAGCUACUCUGCCAGCAAACCCAAGUGUUGCUUCCUGUAGGCUCCCGUGAGUGUUAAACCUGUAGUGAUAUUUUACAACAUUGCCGGGCUUAGAGCGUACAAAAAUGGCAGUUUCAAUUUCCUCCACUGCCAUUUUUUGUAUUUUAAAUUCAUUAUCGGAUAUACCCCCGCCCCCUAAAAUCUUUAAAUCAAGAAACGUGUUACCGAACAGUUUCAACACAUAGCUGCAAUAUUUCAAAAACGAAGAGCAUCAUGAGCAAAAACAGAAGCUAUGAGAGUUUGGCACAGAUUUUCUGAGUAAUGUUCUGCAAUCCACUAUUUUUUCCAGAAAUCUGCAAGCAAUGCAGGAGAAAGUUGGAAGAAGCAUCACAGUUAUUAGUAUUUCCCAGCUCAGAAUCGACCACAGAAGCUUUAGGAUCUAACGUAGACAAACCGGAAGAGCGGGUAUCACAAAAUAUCGCACAGGUAGAUAGAGCUAUAUGGUAUAGCUAUGGCAUGAACAUAACAGAUUAUAACCUUGUCCGAGUGGCUUUUAAUAGUUUAGUGAGGUUCAGCAAAAGGCGAGUUUUCCUCCCCUUCACUUUUGAUGACCCCAGCCUCCUUGCAUACUACUCCUUUAUAUCAUGUAUUGAUGCGAGAACACUUACAUAUCAUUGCAGUGGUGAUAUGUACGCGGUUAAAAAAGUCAUUCGCUCUACAGCGGCGACAUCGAGUUUACAAAUUUUUCUGCGCUAACUUGUUCAUUUUCCUUUCUAAUGCGUACAGAGAGAAGAUGUGGAGAGUAAAGAAGUUGAAGACAACGUUAGCCAGUCAAUGCACCACCUGACCAUAAGAGACGAAUACUCUCAUCCACAGCUUGACGAAUCAGGACACUACUCCGAGAUCGACACUAGCCUGUAUCAAACGGACUCUCAAGCGAGCAGCAGCAGCGAGAGUUCUAACGGCGAUGAUCCACAAAUUAGUAGUCAAGCAAAAAGACGUUCUCUGUUGAACGAUUUCUUACGUUCAUGUAAUGCUCACACAUUCGGGUCAUACAAAAAGCGAUGGGAGGCAGCCAGCGAACGUACUAGAGCAAGCCAUGUGUCAAAGGCGAAGUCAGUUAUUGUUUCUGGCCUUAACGUUAUUGCUCCAGGAGACGCAGCCUGCCUCUGGGAGGCCGUGAAAAAAUCUGGCUCAGUCGAGAAGGUACUUGGCAUCGGUGAACGACAAGAAGACCGAAAAUAUCUAAAGGCACUGGCGGAGUCUUACCAAAACGCAUAUCAUCUACUUGGGAAACAAGGCGUCAGAUAUUAUCAAUCAUGGCAGACCUAA